AGAGUUGAGACCUUCGCCUCUUCUCUCAAGUGACAAGUUCGCUAAUUUGAAGAGUGACGACCUCCGCCUCCUUCCAUCAAUCUUCAUACCUACCUUUUCUUCUUCUUCUUCGUUGUAGCUUAGCACCUGAACGACUCCGGCGACAAUGGUCACACCAACUUAGAAGCUUCUUCUUGCCGAGUUGCCACUAUACUCCAGAUCUGCGACCACGUCAGCAGCGGCGCGGCAACUUCCGGCUGCAGAGGACGGUGCUUCUUCCAUCUAUUUUCUUUCCGACGGCACCUCUCACUCUCUCUGUGUCCAGUGUCCGCUUCUCAACCCUAACCCUAUCCUCUUUGCCGCUCUCGCACCUCUCACUCUCUCUGUGUCCGUGUCCGCUUCUCAACCAUCUCACUGUAUCUUUCCGGCUCAAAUUCUCCGCCUCCGGAUUCUGGCCUCUUCUCGUUUUCAAAGGACUGCGAGCAAACAUUCCUUUUUCUCACCAGGUGAUAUCAACAUUUGUUCCCAGGAGGACAUACAUUUUUGCCAAUUCUGAUUGAGAGCCAGAAUAGCUUCCCAUACUUUUGUUUAUAUUAAUUUCUUAAUACACCAGUAAAUGAAGUCUAACAGCAAAGCUCUGCUUGAUUUGGAGGACAAAAGCACACCCUCUGCUUCGUCUUUGGAAUCGAAACUCAGUUUUUGCAAUGGAGAUGAAAGUUUUGUGUCCCGAAGUACUAAACUCAACCCUCCUGAUAAGAAACCUGCCAUUUCUUCCAUUCCUCAGAGCCAAUUUCUAGGUAAAGUGAAGGAUUUCCUGGGAGUGAUAUCGGAAGCAAAUAAAACUUUGGAGCUUGAUGCGAAAACGAAUCCAGGGAAGAAGUACGAUAUAGAAGCUCUGACUGGGGAAGAAUCUGAAUAUAUUGAAAUGGACUUGAUGCUUGGUGUUGCAGAGCUGCAAACUGAGGAAGCUGUAGCUGCUGCUGAGUCUGCAUUAUCUGGUUAUCAACCGGUGAUUCCUUUGGCUGUUAGUAGUAGCGAGACGGAAUCAGAAGAGAGCAGUGAUGAUGAGGAUAGCGAGGAUAGCGAUGGAGAUGAUGAUGAAGCUGAGAGACCUUUUCCUAAAAAGGGGAAAACUGCUAACCCUGUUGAAAAGGAUUCUUCUUCCAGUGAAGCAUCAAAGAAUAAGCAGCAGCCAAGAAAGAGACCAAAAAUUGUUGAGCUUUCGUAGGACUUGUGUGGGUGGAGGCCUGGACAUGGAAUAUAGAAGAUGAGAGGGAUCUGCAAAUUUUCUCUGGAAGUAGUUCCAAGAAGAGAGGAUUUUGAAUGUGUACUUUGUCUUCUAUUCUGAGGAAUCAAUCCUAUAUUUCUAUUUGCAUUACAUGGUUUUGUUAAAGCUAUUUUACUAGCAUCAUGAUUUGAUCCAAUUUAAGUCACCCCAGCAAGCAAAUGUUUAACAGUGUGCAUAGAUCUCCAAACAAAGCUGUUUUGUUGUAUGCAACUGGUAAGUUUUUCUAAAUAUCUUGCAGCAUUUGUCAAUUAA